AUGGUCGUGAUGGGCGUGGAUGGACGUGAUGGAAGGCCAGGUCCUACUGGACCAGUUGGUCCACCUGGAAGAGAUGGUAUGAAUUAUGGAGUGAAAGGAGAUAAAGGAGAUCUAGGACCACAAGGACCUCCAGGACUUCCUGGUAAACAAGGCGAGAAUGGCAUAAAUGGCAGGGAUGGAGCACCAGGACCACAGGGACCUCCUGGAACUGGGGGUGUGUUCUUUACCAGAUGGGGAGAGUUUUGUGUCCAAAUACAACAGGAACAGAACUACUCUAUAAGGGGAGAGCUGCAAGGCAGUGAAGGAAAUCGUUGGGGGUUACAGUGGAGGUGGAGAUUAAUUACAUAUGUCUGCCUGAUGAGCCUGAGUUUUUCUUAUUUCAAUGGUGCUUCUGAUUACCAGUCAUUUGUGGAAGGUUCAGAAUAUGAAGUUAUUGAUG